UCAGCAUCCAUGUCCGUCAUGAUCACCGUGAGUGCAAACAGCACGCCAGCCUGGACUGUUAGCAACACUUCCCUUGUCAGCCACUCGGACAUAUCCAGUGUCAGCAACACAAGUGGCAUGGAAGCCUAUCUUCAGAAAAUAGCUCAUUUGGACGAAGGCCUUUACAAGGACUUCUAUGGACUUUGGAUCGCGCUCAUGGUCAUAAACUUCCUCAUUUUCCUGGUGGGCAUGGUGCUCAACACGUUGGCUCUUUAUGUGUUCUGUUUCCGCACCAAGCAAAAAAGCUCCUCGGUGAUCUUCACCAUCAAUUUGGCCGUGACUGACCUGUUGGUCAACCUCUCCCUGCCGACACGCAUCCUGCUUUACUACAGCGGAGGGGCUUGCCUCACCUGCUCCUACUUGCACGUCUUCAGCUACUUUGUCAACAUGUACUGCAGCAUCCUUUUCCUCACCUGCAUAUGUGUGGACCGAUACCUCGCCAUAGUGCAGGUUGAAGCAUCCCGUCGGUGGCGCAACUGCGGCGUGGCUAAAUGCGUGUGUGUCUGCGUGUGGCUUUUCGCCAUCGUGGUCACUUACUCCUUCCUGUCCACGGCCUUCCAACAUACAGGCUGCUUCUUCUCCAAGCUCCUCUUCCUCACCUUCACCGAGUUCUUUCUCCCCCUCGUCGUCAUCGUUGUGUUCACCUUGCGGAUCGUAUGGGCGCUUGCCGAUCAACGCCUGAUGCAGCAAAGCAGGAAGACACGAAGGAGGGCCAUCCAGCUGCUGACCACGGUGCUGAUCAUCUUCACCCUCUGCUUCACACCAUUCCACGUACGACAGGUGGUGGUGCAUUUCUACCCCGAUAUGCCUCACCAAGCCAUCGUCUACCAUUUGACCGUCACACUCAGCAGUCUGAAUAGUUGCAUGGAUCCCGUGGUCUACUGCUUUGUGACAAACAACUUCCAGGCGACGAUGAGGAAUAUUUUCCGCCGUGCCGAGGCCGAGCAAAGCAGCGGUGAUAUCAUCAGCAUGCAGCACAGCUCCAAGGCCUCAGGAGGGGAGGCCGCCACCGCCGUCCCUAAUAAUGUGAUCAUGAUGAGCACCAUUCCCCCUUCACCACUGAAAGGCACUGAGGGGAUUCACAAAUUGUAAAUCACAUGAGGAAUUUACAGCAUCAACUGUGGGACAGCUAGCAUAUUGGACAUCAUUGAACAGAAUUGAUAAAACGAAUACAAUUCAUCAUUGAGAUGAUAAGGAUUCGCUUCUGGCUUGACAUUUUACGUUGCAGAAGGAAGCAAAGCGGAGGACUUUAAUGGUCACAAAUCAAAUGUUGCCAUUAACAAAGGAGCUCGAUGGGAAUGAGAAAGAGGGAGGAAAUACAGGAAUUUUAAAAUGAGACAGACUACACCUGUCACUGUUUGGAUAAAUAAUUUUAUGGCUUGGAUUACCUCAGAAGAGUUCAAGACAGCGCCAAGGAACAAUGAUGCUUUUUGUACAGCAGAGGGCAGCAUUGCUGGGAGAAACAUUCUGUAGAGCUUUUGAUAUAUUGUU